UGAAAAUAUGUAUAAUAUUUAUAAGAAAAAAAAUUACGAAAAAGAUAAUUGAGUCAAAAAUAUUAUUUAUGCCAUGUUAACUAUUUUCAUAUUGCGUGCAAAAUAUUUUUCAUAGCAUAAUAAUUAAAAGAAAUAUUUAGAUAAAAUCAACUGUAACUAAUAUAACUAUAAGUUUUUAAUAAACUAGAUUGAACGUAGAUUCACGUAAAGUGGCGUGCGAUGCGCAAGAGAUACAUAUAUAUAGGAAAAACUAUAUUGUCACAUACACCUUAUAUAGAUAUGUUUAUUUUAUUUUAAUAUUUUUUCUGUGCUAUGUAUCUAAACUUGUAAUAAAAAAAAGGAAUCUAAAUGCAGAGAACACUUUUUUCAAGACCAUCGUUUUGUGUACUGUGUUCAAAAUGCCUGUAAUUGUUACGUUCAGGAACUGAUUAUCAAUAAUGUCGAUAAACGUGAACGACGAUCGUCAAGUAAUCGAAAAAAUUUUCUCAUUAACAAUGGUUAUCGGCAACAAAACAAAAUUCUAUGAUCGAUCAUGAUCAUUGGUAACGAAAAAAAUAUUGAUUGCUUGUAAUGGUUAUUUGUGAGCUGAUCACUUAAAAAUGAAUAUUUCUGAAUCAUUGAAUUUUUCGAAAAAUUUCUUGAAGACCUAGUGAUCAUCGUUUCUCAUCUAAAUAAUAUCAUUUUUUUUAUCAAUGAAUUUUUCAUACAAAUUUUGGAAAUAAUUAUUAUUUUUGGCAAUAGAAACACAUAGAUCCAGCGGUUAUUUGGGAAAAUAGAAUCAAAGUUAUUCGAAGAGCAGUGAUAAGGAUCAAUAAUGGUCGAGAUAAUAAUACAGUAAACUCGUAAUUCUUUUCGAGGAAUGUACUAAUUGAUGGGUUGAAAAAAAGAAAAUGAAAUAACGAAAGGCAUGUAAGUGCUAUACUGAGAAAAAGAAAAUGAGGUAGAGAAAAGCGUGUAAGUACUUAUGUAUCGAAACAAUUUAGGUGGCAAAAUCGGAAAUACCGAACGAAUGUAGUGGCAGUGAAAGGUUGUCCGAUAAAACAUUCCUACAUCCAUUCGUUUACAUCUCAUGUUCUUUUUCCAAACUGUCCGUGCUAUAUAUGUAUAUAUAUACAUUUAUGUACAGAGGCGUGUAUCGUAUGUCGUAUACCGUUCAUUCGACUCUUUACCGUUUCCCCUACCUGGGAGAAUCGGUCGCGUCGUACGUUGAGCUGGUAUCUCGAGCGUAGGUAACCCCGUUACGUUCCUGUCUGCGAAUUUACCGUCGAGAAGGACAGCAAAAGGCGCGUGUUACUCUCCCGUCUUCCCCUUCUUCUUUUGUCUCGUUCGCAAUUUUUCAUCAUUACAGUUAACGUGCCGUACAAUUCUAGUCUUCUGAUAAUUUCUUUUGAAAGUUCGUUUUUCAAAUCAGGGUUCGAAGCGGUCGAACCUACCGCUUCUUUUAUUCGCCUCUUCGUUAGGACCAAGAAAAUUCGAGGCAAGUAAAGUCAAGACAAGUGGAGUCGGGUCAGAUCGGAUCACAUCGGAUCGGAUCGCCCGAUCGAGAAAGCUCGAAUCACGAGAAACUUGUUGCCAGAACAGACGAAGGAUUCUUGUGUUUCGGACAAACAAACAAGAGUUAACUGAACAAACUGAAUUGAAAGUGUCUAGAAGAAACCCGGCCAAUUUGGCGGCCGUGGUUAAAUGGUUAAGCGAUGGAGCGAGAUUGUUAGUGAUUCGAUCGAGUGUUUCGAUUACACCGAUCGACAUUCAGUUUGAUCGACUGGUGAUGUCCCAUUGGAAUAAGCUACAGUAGAUGCGGUGUGAAACAGCGAAUAUGAGAAGAACGUGGUAUUUACCGAUACUUAUUUGUUCACUUUGGAACGUUGUUCCGACUAGAGAAGCAGAAUGGAUACCGUGCGUGGAGUUAAAACGGAAAUUACACGUCCCGUGCAAAUGUACCAUCUCGACGGAAUACAGUCGGUCGAUCGAGAUGAACUGCGAUCGAGUGGUGUUUACGCGAAACACGAUAGAUAGUCUAAAAGGGGAACCGAUUGUUUCCAUCAGUCAGAGAAAUAGCGGAUAUAACGCUCUACCGGAGGACUUGCUCAAUUCUGACUUGAAUCUGAAAAAAUUAGAUCUGUCGGGCAAUUCGAUUCACAGAUUGAUGGAUCGCUUGCUCCGUGUACAAACUCGAUUGGAGGAACUAAGGCUCGCCGAUAAUCUAUUAGGCGACAACCUAAAUCCGAUAUUCUCGAGCAAUGAGUUUCACGGUAUGAAACAACUGAAACUACUGGAUCUGAGCAGAAACGGACUUCGAAGUUUAGAAGAAGGUAUCUUUAAAGGAUGCGAAAGCCUCGAACAGCUUUACUUGGACGGUAACAAUUUGACAACGGUACCGACGAUGUCUUUGAAGGGACUUGGAUCGAUCAGAGUGCUUUCGCUAUCCGACAAUAAUAUCGAAUCCCUUCCACGAGCCGCUUUCUCGAUAUUAGGUGACUCGCUAUUGCGAUUAGAUCUCAGUGAAAACGAAUUGUCCCAUAUGGAAGAUGAUGCACUGUCAGGGCUCGAACGAUUACUUUUACUAAACCUAUCACGCAACGAUCUUAACCGUUUUAACAGCGAUGUUUUUAAAGGGGCUUACAAUUUAUUGCAGUUGGAUUUGUCAACAAAUUUUCUGCGAGAAUUUCCAAGCGAUGCACUGAGACAUUUAACGGACUUGAAGUUUCUCAAUAUGUCGAGCAAUUUAAUCGAUGAGAUUGAUCAUCGACAUUUAUCAUCUUUGGGAGAACUGCAAGUAUUGGAUCUUAGCCGAAAUAACAUCGGUCGGCUGGAUUUCGGUACGUUUUCCAAGUUGUCCGAAUUAACUAGGCUCGACUUAAGCCUGAACGCAUUACGCACGGUAAGUAUCAAGAGUAAAAAAGAGAGAGAAAGAGACAGAAAGAGACGAGGUGUUGAGGUAGAAAGGGAGAAAAAGUUGAUCGCGUUCUUAUCUAAAUGGAAAUAAAAUCGAAUCUGUUGCA